GGACGCGACCCGCCGCGCCGAGGCGCUUGGCAGACGGACAGCGCCGGGUCGGACCGGAGAGCGCGCGGGGAGAGCGGGCGGCGGGGAUCUCCGAGCCGAAGCGCGGGCCGUGACUCAGGGAACCCUCGCGAGCUGCAUCAUGGGAGCAGUGGUAGUUGAUGAUGGUCCGUCUGGCGUCAAAGCUCCUGAUGGAGGCUGGGGCUGGGCUGUCCUUUUUGGCUGUUUUAUCAUCACAGGAUUCUCCUAUGCCUUUCCAAAGGCAGUCAGUGUCUUCUUCAAAGAACUUAUCCGGGAAUUUGGCAUUGGAUACAGUGACACUGCAUGGAUUUCCUCCAUUCUGUUGGCCAUGCUGUAUGGAACAGGUCCGCUGUGCAGCGUGUGCGUCAAUCGCUUUGGCUGUCGCCCGGUCAUGUUGGUAGGUGGCCUCUUUGCCUCCAUGGGGAUGGUGAUAGCCUCCUUCUGCACCAGCAUCGUUCAGAUCUACCUCAGCGCAGGGGUGAUCACUGGUUUGGGUCUGGCUCUCAACUUUCAGCCUUCGCUCAUCAUGUUAAACCGCUACUUUGACAAACGCCGACCUCUGGCCAACGGGCUGUCAGCUGCUGGGAGCCCAGUGUUCCUUUGUGCCCUUUCACCUCUGGGGCAGAUACUUCAACACGAGUAUGGUUGGAGAGGAGGAUUCCUUAUACUGGGUGGGAUGCUGCUCAACUGUUGUGUUUGCGGAGCGCUAAUGAGACCUCUGGAGCCGCCCAAAAAAUCUGAAGCUACCAAAGAACCUGCUGAGAAGAAAGCAAAGAAAAAACUCCUGGAUUUCAGCGUGUUUAAAGAUGGUGGUUUUGUGAUCUACACGCUAGCAGCAUCUAUCAUGGUGCUCGGCCUCUUUGUACCCCCAGUUUUUGUUGUGAGUUAUGCCAAGGAUUUGGGGUAUCAGGACACCAAAGCAGCUUUUCUUCUGACGAUUCUGGGAUUUAUUGAUAUCUUUGCUCGUCCCAUUUGCGGAAUGGUAGCUGGUCUCAAGUGGGUUAGACCACGUUGUGUCUACCUCUUCAGUUUUGCUAUGAUUUUUAACGGCUUUACAGAUCUCAUGGGCUCCAUGUCUGUUGAUUACGGUGGCCUGGUGGUCUUCUGCAUUUUCUUUGGCAUUUCUUACGGAAUGGUAGGUGCUCUUCAGUUCGAAGUUCUCAUGGCUAUUGUUGGCACUCAGAAGUUUUCCAGUGCUAUUGGCUUGGUGCUCCUGGCAGAAGCGGUGGCGGUUCUGAUCGGCCCGCCGUCAGCAGGAAAACUCUUGGACCUGACACGGCGGUACAUGUUUGUCUUUAUUAUCGCUGGCAUUGAAGUUACCACUUCAGCGCUGGUGCUGGCCUUGGGAAAUUUCUUCUGCAUUAAGAAAAAACCAGAAGAACCACACACAAAAGAAGCAGCAGCAGAAAGAGAGGAAUUAAACAAAUCUGAAGACAAAACUCCCGAGGAUGCCAAGGUGGACUCUAUUGAGGUGGAGCAGUUCCUAAAAGAUGAGCCCGAAAAAAACGGCGAGGUCGUAACCAACCCAGAAACCUGUGUGUGAGCACAGCACAAAACCCACACGGCGUUCGGAAGAGGGUCAAGCAGAAUUUCAACACUAUUUAUUUUAGAAAUAGAACUAGCUUAGGGCUGGGCCGUCUGCUUUAUUAACUGGAGGCCGGUCAGCUCAUCGGGUCUCUCUGGAAGCUGAUUUACUAGACAACCUUUCAUCAGAAAAUUAGCUUUAUCAUUGAAAGGUGAAACGUUGUGGUUAUACUUUUUAUGUAAACAAAAAAGCUUUUCCGAACACAAGUAGAGUUUUGCCAUGCAUCACCAGAAACUGCUCACUUGGCAGAGAUUGAGGAAGGAAUUAUGUGUACGCUUUCAGAUAAUACGGGUGAAAUUGCUGUGUUGUGUGGCUAAAUGUAAUUUCCCUUCCUGUGCUUUUUGGGAAGGGGAAAGAGGUUGAGAUGGAGAAAAAUCUCAGGAACUUAAAGGUCUCCAUUAGGUCUUUGAAUUUCUUACUUUUUUUAGACUUUCAGAUGAAUUGGCUCAGCCCUAGUCUAAUUUUGAUAAUACCUGUUACUUUGGUUUAUGCAAAUGUAUUUCUAUGAGUUUUGUCUAAACCUGUAGUCUUUGUAAUUGUCAUCUGGAAACACUGUCCACAGAAAGGCACAUUGCAGGCACUGUCCUCAGCUGAUCACACAAGCCCUGAUCCUAGGGAACGCUGAAAGGAAAAUAAAAUGAGUAGAUUCGAUCCCGACAGACAAUAAACAAAGCUCAUCUCCGCUCGUAUACACUGCUCUCAGCUCAGCUUCUCUGCAACACUGAAAAUUAUUACAGGUAUCAUCCAGAAGAUGGACAGGAGGCUUAGUAGAACCUUCUGAAAGUGUUUUUGUUCUGUACAUACAUUGUAAUUGUCCAGAUGACAUCUAUCAGGCACGUGGCCGUUGGAUAACUUAGGGGCAAGGUUGGGACUGCUUUGAAACUUGUUACUGUUACAUCUUUAAUAUGCAACAUCAGCAACACAUUCUUCCUUUAAUGUUUAAUUUACCCCACUUCCCUCUGCUUUAUUAAUCUAUAGAAGUUCAGAGGGCCAUUGUGGUUGCUUAAGAUGGUGGAACUGCUGAUCACAUUUUUGACGGCUCUGAAUGAGAGCUCACCAAGAGCUGGGCCUGCUCUGCUGCCUGUUUGCUGCACCAAGGCUCUGUGUAUCCUUACACUGUGCUUGGCAUCAGAUGAGGAAGGGGAAGUAACACAAAUGGACCUGACAAGACGGGCAGCACUGGAGAAAUGCAGAAAGGGAAAAGAUUCACUGUGAGGACUUCAAGUAGGAGAAGAAGGUAAAAGGAAGGCAUUCUCUAUUACAUGUAUAAAAAAAUAGAGUAUAUUGUCUAUACUACAUUUUUUUCCCCACAAACACAUUGAAAAUAUGUAAUAUUUUCUAUACAAUGAUGCUAUUUCAGCCCAGUUUUCAGAUACAUGUAUAAAAAGCCCUGUGGGAUUUAUGAGUGCGGUAACGACCUUCAAAAUAGACUUAAUUGCAAUGGAUUCUAUUUUCUUCUCAGUAGGGAAUCUAAGGCAGUAUACAAAAGAAUUAGUUGCCCCACGUGAUCAUUUUAGGAGAUACAGUGCAACCAAGGAAGGGCCAAAACCACAACCCAGGGGAUUAUUCUGGAAACCAGCUUCCACUCUGCUAAUUCCUUCACAAUGGUUUUGCAUUGCUAGGACAAAUUUAAAUCUUAGGAACACCAUUUUAUUUUUCUGGUAGCAAUUUUAAGCAGAAAUGGAUGCUGCACUCAAUAAAGUGUUUAUUUUUUAUAUUGGA